AUAUGACUCCAAAGGCGAACGCAAGGUGGGAAGGGAUAGGCAGUUAAUGAACCUUUUCUGAAGGCUAUAUAAAACUUUAAUAUUCUUUCAAAAUCUAACCAUAAGAGCAAGUACGUAGGGUGACUUAAAUUUUCAAAAUUCAAUACAAUUAUAAAGUUUUGUUCGGGGUACAGAUUUGUAGUACAAUAUUUGGAAAGAUACAAAAUUAUCUUUAGAAGAUCUCUGAAAACUUGACUUAUGCGAUAUCCUUCGUGAAGUUUACGAUUUUUUCCCGACAACGAAACCUGCUCUUACUUUACCCUUUCUUUACCAUGUACACAGUUGAAAAAACUUUAAACACAUUGAGAAGAGUCAUAUCGUCGCUAUGAUCAUUCAUGAUCGAAGAUUGUUUGAAAAGUAUAACCGAAAAUAAUCUCAAAAUCAGUUUCUAGAUAUCUGUUUUAAUGUUUUAACUUUUAGUAACCGAAAAAUAGUUAGUUUCGGAAAGAAAGGAGAAAAUCAUAAAAACUGUACGUAGGUACUUAAUAGAUUUACUGAGAACCCAUAAAAAAUAUAUUAAAAAUUCAGCUUAAUUUGUUCUCGAAUGAGUUUUCCCCUCACUGAUCAAAAUCCUGCGUACGCUUUAUAUAACUCUCUAUUCAAACAUAUUAGUAUUGGGUAUUGGACUUUAAUUCGUGGUUAAAAAGCCCAGUUUGCUGCAAAUGUGAAACCAAAUACAGAUAUUGAAACUUCCGAGGAUGGAUCAAUAUUUGACUGGGCGGAGCGGGCGAGACACAGGCCCCAGGAGCACUUUGCUAAGGGCGGAAAUUUUAAGGCAUUAAAUUUAAAAAUUUACGAAUUGGAUUAUUUUUCCAGUUGAAAGAAUUUAUUUAGGUAAACAAUUUGAACAUUGCAAUACAAACAUUGGAUUUUGGACUUUUUCUCAAUAUUUUUGAAGUAUGUAAAAAAAUUGAUCAAAUUGCUUUAACUAUCUUCAACUUUAGCAAUUAACUUUUUUCGAUAAGACGCCUACUUUUACCGGACCCAAAGUAUCACCAAAACACGACUAAUCUAAUGUUUUUUCUUUGUUAAGCCAAUUAUUGCUGAUUUAAGCUAAGAUAAGUUUAAGAAUUUAGUAUCAAUAAAUAACUCUUUUAAAAUCUAUCUACAUAUCACUGAUAAGAAAAUAACUUCCCUCAUAAUUAAAACGCGCAAUGUGCAUCUUUAAUUAGAAACACAUGGAAAAUCCAAUAUAUUAUUGCUAAUUAAAGCGAUAACAAGAGGACAGAGUCUUCUUUAUUUUGCUGAUCGGAAUCUCAAAAAUCAUAAUAAAUCACCGUUACUAUGUAUAUCUUUAAUACAAAACAAUUUAAAGAUAAUACUAAAAAAUAUGACUGCAAAAAGCUUUACUAAUUUUGGCGGUUACUGCCAUCAACGGUCAGCACAAUCCUAAUUAUUGGGGUGGACGAGAUGCUAUGGUCCAUCUCUUCGAAUGGAAGUGGGAUGACAUUGCCAAUGAGUGCGAACAGUUUCUGGCUCCAAAAGGAUAUGCCGGUGUUCAGGUUUCUCCGGUAACUGAAAAUGCUGUUAUUAAUGGACGCCCAUGGUGGGAGCGUUAUCAACCUAUUUCGUAUAUUCUCACCACUCGAUCUGGAAAUGAGGCUCAAUUUCGUGACAUGGUGACCCGUUGUAACAAGGUUGGAAUUCGCAUCUAUCCAGAUUUCAUCAUGAAUCAUAUGGCGGGUGGUGAUAAUGUUGUAGGAACGGCGGGAUCCUCAGCUGAUCCUAACAAUAAAAACUUCCCAGCUGUCCCAUAUUCACCAACUGAUUUUAAUCCAACAUGUUCAAUAAAUAACUUCAAUGAUCGAGUUGAAGUGCGCAACUGCGAAUUGGUAGGAUUGAAAGAUCUAGAUCAAAGCAAAGAAUAUGUUCGUCAGCAGAUGAUAACGCUUAUGAAUAAAUUAAUUGAUAUCGGAGUUGCUGGAUUCCGUUUAGAUGCAUCUAAACAUAUGUGGCCACAUGAUAUGGAGGUCAUUUUGAACUCGCUUAACGACUUAAACAUUGAACAAGGAUUUGCUCCUGGUUCUCGACCAUUUAUCUACCAAGAAGUAAUUGAUAACGGUGGAGAAGCGAUAACUCGUGAGGAAUAUACUCAUUUGGGGGCCGUCACAGAGUUCCGUCACUCUUCUAAGAUCGGGAUUGUUUUCAACAAUGGUGAUAAAUUGAAGUGGCUGAAUAGCUGGGGCACUGGUUGGGGAUUUCUUCCUAGUGAACAGGCUUUGAUUUUCGUUGACAAUCAUGACAACCAAAGAGCCGAAGCAUUGAAUUAUAAAUCAUCCAGAAGGUACAAGAUGGCAUCCGCAUUUAUGUUGGCCUACCCUUACGGUAUUCCCCGUGUGAUGAGUUCAUUUGCGUUUGAGGCAUCUGAUGAUAGUCCACCUAGUGCUGAUGGUGAAACUAUCUUGUCUCCAGAAAUUUAUGAUGAUGAUUCUUGUGGCAACGGCUGGGUGUGCGAGCAUCGCUGGCGUCAAAUUUACAACAUGGUUGGUUUUAGAAAUGCAGUAGAAGGAACUUCGGUCAAUAAUUGGUGGGACAAUGAUGGUGAUCAAAUUGCAUUCUGUCGCGGAAAUCGAGGUUUUGUAGCAUUUAACCUGGAAAAUUAUGAUUUAAACCAGCGCCUCUAUACUUGCUUGCCAGCUGGUACAUAUUGUGAUGUCAUAACCGGAAAUAGGUCUGGAGAUUCUUGUUCAGGAAAACAAGUUGUUGUUGACAAGGAUGGGUCAGCUCAGAUCAGCAUAUCUACUGCCGACGAAGAUGGUGUUUUAGCAAUACAUAUUGGGUCACGAGUUUAA